GCGGUGGUGGUUUCACUAACAGUAAUUUGGCUGGUGGUGAAUUCGGAGGUGGCAAUUUUGGCGGUGGUAGCAGCAGUGGUGGGCUUUUCUUGGGUGGUGGUGAGGCUUUUCUUGGGUGGGUAGGUGGUAUCGCUUUUCCUGA